AGUCGCGUCGCAACAAUUGAUCAGAAUAGACGCUUGAAAAUCGAGACCGACUAAAUUCCACAGCAGUUUUUUCUUUGCCAAAAGGGUUGCCCUAUAAUUUGCUUUUUAUCAUCUCUCACAGAGAUCUUGGUUUAAAACACAUAGUGCAUCGAGCUCUUAUCGUGACAAUUGUCGAUGUUUUAUUCACACGAUACAACAAGACAGAUUUAAUGCAGCCAGUUUUUUUAUAGUUAUAAUUUGGCUUAAAAAAGAACGCAACGAUUCAAAUACGUAGAAAAGUUAACGAAGUUCACAGAGCAGAGUUGAAAGGAUAAAAAUACAAACUGCGGAACAAAAAAAAAAACAAACCUGAAAAGAAACGAAAUUAAAUAAUUUAUAAAAAUGAAGAGUGUAAUUUUGCAGCGGGCUCUUUCAAUAUUCACAUAUUUUUCACCGGUAACGACGGUGUUAUUGGUUUUAUUGACCACUUACUUCGUUGCAUUUAAACUUCGACGGCGGCGCAUUGAGAGCCUCAUUGGAAAAGUGCCUGGACCAGUACCGUUGCCCAUCAUUGGAAAUAUGUUGGAAGUUUCAACUGGAUUCGACGAGUUAUUCGCAAGAAUGUGCGGUGUUAAGAAUUUCUGGGGCCGUGAUGUUGGAAUCUGUCGUGCUUGGUUGGCAUACGAUCCUUAUGUUUAUCUCAUGGAAGCAUCUAAAGUUGAGGUUAUCAUGUCCAGUCCGAAACACAUUGACAAAAGUCAAGAUUACGACUUUUUGCAUCCUUGGCUGGGAACAGGUCUUCUGACAUCGCGUGGCAAAAAAUGGCAUGCACGACGAAAGAUUUUAACACCAACAUUUCACUUCAAAAUCUUGGAGGACUUCAUUGACGUGUUCCAAGAGCAAAGUGCCGUUUUAGUCACCAAAUUGCAGAAAGAAGUCGACAAAGAGGAAGGCUUUAACUUAUUCAAAUACGUCACCUUGUGUACGUUGGAUAUCAUUUGUGAAACGGCCAUGGGACAAAGCAUCGACGCACAAAGCAACGAUGAUUCGGAAUACGUGAAAGCGGUUUACAAAAUCGGUGAAAUCGUUCAAACUCGUCAAGUCAAAGUGUGGUAUCAUCCGGAGUUUUUGUUCCGUAUGACAAAAUUGUAUCAAGAUCAUCAAAAUUGUAUCAAAACUUUGCAUGGCUUCUCAAAUCGCGUGAUCAAAGAGCGUAAAGCCGAAAUUGCUGACCAAAACAAUAAUAAUAAUAACAAUAGUGCUAGCGUUAAAAAUUUGAAUUUGCAAGAAGAAAUCGAUGACAGUAAAUAUGAAUUUGUUGAUUUUCCACGCAAGAAACGAUUGGCCUUCUUGGAUCUAUUAAUCGAAGCAUCACAAAAUGGAAAGGAAUUGUCGGAUGAAGAUAUUCGUGAGGAAGUUGAUACAUUUAUGUUUGAAGGUCAUGAUACAACAUCGGCUUCAAUUUGCUGGACACUUUUCUUAUUGGGUACCAGUCCAGAGAUUCAAGAUAGAGUUGUUGAGGAGCUUGAUACAAUCUUCGAUGGAGAUCGUACCCGACCGCCAACGAUGAAAGAAUUGAACGAUAUGAAAUAUUUGGAAUGUGCAAUCAAAGAUUCAUUGCGACUUUAUCCAUCAGUGCCAUUACUUGGACGACAUUUACAUGAAGAUGUUCAAAUUGGUGAGUAUCUCAUUCCUGCCGGAACCAUGGCACUAGUUUCCACCUAUGUUCUUCAUCGCGACCCAAAAGUCUUCCCAAAUCCAGAAAGAUUCAAUCCGAACAACUUCUUGCCCGAAAACAGUGCCGGUCGUCAUCCGUAUGCUUACAUUCCAUUCAGUGCAGGACCGAGAAACUGCAUUGGUCAAAAAUUCGCUCUUCUAGAAGAAAAAUCGGUGAUAUCGGCCGUUUUAAGGAACUACAAAGUCGAAGCGCUUGACAGACGUGAAGAUUUAACGUUGUUGGGUGAAUUGAUUUUGCGGCCAAAAGACGGCUUGAGAGUAAAGAUUACAAAACGAGAUUAAGAAACGCUCAUAGAUUUAUAGGGUUCAAUUAAAAGAAAGUUCGAAUAAAAUCGGCAUAUCUUUUAGCAUAAUGAAGUAAUGUUUAAGUGAAUUACCUAAAAU